CGAUACUCUCUGGGCUGUCAUCUUCACCAUCGUGGUGUAUUAGUGGUAAUCGCGUUGACUCCGAUCAUUUACGACCUUAUCGCUGCCUGGGACAGCUGUUCAUCUCCUCCCUUACAACCGACAUCGUAGUUGUGCACCAUGGCGAAGGCAGAGAUCCACGAGUAUGGUACUGAUGACGGGUGGCAUGGUGUGAUUAAGGAAGGAGGAGAGUUCUCACCUGAGAAACACCGGUAUCAUCUGUACAUUGGCCUCUUCUGCCCCUUCGCCCACCGCGCCAACCUCAUCCGACACAUCAAGCAUCUGCAGCCUUUUCUCCCAACAUCAAUCGUCCGACCCUAUCCCAAAGGCGAGGUAGGAUGGCGAUUUGAUGAAAAUUACCCCAAUGCCACACCAGACCACCUCUUCAACAGCCGCUUCAUGCACCAACUUUACUUUCGCGACGACCAAGCCUACAAAGGCAAGUACAGCGUGCCACUCCUCUGGGACAAGAAAACGAACCGCAUUGUCAACAAUGAGAGUCUUGAGAUGCUGCGCUGGCUGCCCCACGCUUUCGACAGCCUCAUCGAGGACGAGAAAAUCCGCAGCAUCGACUUCUACCCUCCAGAUCUGAAGGAUAAGAUCGAUGAGAUAACUCCCUGGCUCACGUCCCUCAUCUGCAGCGGCGUAUACAAAGCCGGCUUCCACCCCACACAGGAGGGGUACGAUGAGCACGUCGUCCCGCUAUUCGCUGCGCUGAAUAAGCUCGAGAAGAUUCUGCACAAUAAUGGCGGACCGUAUAUCCUGGGUGAUAAGCUGACGGAGUUGGAUCUCUUGGCGUACCCGACGGUGGUCAGGUUCGAUACGGUUUAUGUUCAGCAUUUCAAGACGAAUCUGGGGACCAUACGCCAUGACUAUCCGGUCUUGAACAACUGGUUGAAGAAUCUGUAUCAUAAUGUUGAAGGCUUCAAGGAGUCGACUGAUUUUCAGCACAUCAAGGAGAAUUACACGAAGAGCCAUAAGGAUAUCAAUCCGCUAUCCAUUACGCCCAUGGGUCCGUACCCAGAAGUUGAAGAUGGGUAUGAGAGUGACUGGAGCAAUUUGAAGAGGGGGGAAGUCAGUCAUCCUUUGGUUGUGGAAGCGAGUCGUAAGCUGUAGACAGCAGGAUGAAUGUCGACAAUACAGAAUAUCGCACAGAACCUCCAACCUAGACAAUACACAAUACACGCUAACACACCGCUCAGGUGAAGAACGUUCGUUACUUACAG